AUGACUAAUUUGUUGGACAUAGCUUUGUAUUUGGUCGAAGCCUUGGUCUGUAUAGCUGCCUUGGUACUGUUUGCUAGUUGUACCAAGUUGUGCUAUCAAUGUUAUGGCCUCGUCAUCCAAGAUAUUGAAACCAGAAGAAUACCACCAACCCGAACGCUAACAGCCACCCAUGUCCCACACCAUCCUGUGUUACCGAUACAACAGGCAAACCUUGAUCGACAAGCAGGGGCUCAACCUAAUGGGUAUCUUGGUAAAAUUACGCAGGAGCAAAUAUACGACAGUAGUACCUGCAAGAACGAUAACUGUGUGAUAUGUCUUAAGGAUUUCAAGAAGACGAAGACAAUCCAACUUUUAGUGUCCUGCCAACAUUCGUUCCAUGGCCAUUGCAUUAACAAGUGGUUGUUGGUUAAUGGAAGUUGCCCUAUAUGUCGAGAAGCCAUUAGAUCUUGA